CCAACGCAACCUCCAAAACCCUUCUCCCUUCAGGUCUUCCCCUCUUCCCCUCUUCCCUCUCUGCAACUUCUCCCUCUGAAAUUAAUUUACACAUUUUUGGUGUUUAUCUACAGAAGAGUUGGAAAAGCAGAAAUCUUUAUAACAUAUUAUUGCCAUGGGCAGCACCUUCCUCUCCAUGCCAGCCAAGCGAUCCCUUCCCGACCCUACUACGACUUCCACCAAAGGACCCUCCAAGCGCUCCAAGUCGGCACACCCUCCGCUCCCGGUUCCGCCCGGCCACGUCUCCUUCCGUUUGGUCUGCCACGCGUCUCGCAUUGGCGGCGUAAUUGGGAAGGCGGGUAACGUUAUCAAGCAGCUCCAGCAGUCUACGGGUGCCAAGAUCCGAAUUGAAGAAGCUGUACCCGAGAGUCAGGACAGGGUCGUUAGGGUUAUUGGGCCGAGCGCUGUUAGUACCAAGAUUGUGCUGAAUUCUGGUGGGCUUGUUAGUGGAGGUAAUGCUGGGGGUGUGGAAGUUGGGGUGUCCAAGGGGCAGGACGCGUUGAUUAGGGUGUUUGACAGGAUUCUGGAGGUGGCUUCGGAGAGUGAUGGAGUGGCGGUGCGGGUGGUAUCGUGCAGGUUGUUGGCGGAGGCAAACCAGGCCAGUAGCGUUAUCGGGAAGGGGGGAAAGGUUGUGGAGAGGAUAAAGAAGGAAACUGGUAGCAAAAUUAGUGUUUUCAAAGAUAAUUUGCCUGCAUGCGCCUUCUCCACAGAGGAAAUGAUAGAGAUUGAAGGAGAUGUUCUAUCUGUAAAAAAAGCACUUGUUGCUGUCUCACGCUGCCUCCAAGAUUGUCCACCAGCUAAUAAAACAAGGAUAACUGAGAGCAGGACUACAGAGACAGUUUCUCAGGAGACACUAUGCAGACAUAUUGAGGUAAUUCCCCCGGAGACGCUACAAAGACGUAUUGAGGUAAAUCCCCUGGAGUCUUUAUGCAGACCAAUUGAGGCAAUUCCCCUGGAGACCUUGCACAGACCUAUUCACUCACUUACCCAUGAAACUCUGCGAAGACAAACUGAGGUUGUUCCACAUGAGACUCUAUCUGACGUGCUCAUGGAUCAUCUUUCACAGCGUAGUUCUCUGGCACCUAGUUUUUCUAGUAACUCAAUCAGUUCAAGAGUUCAUCCUCUGUCACUAGAGUCUGAGAGGCCUCCAUUGUUGGACACAAAAAGACUGCAGCAGGAAGUGACUUUUAAAAUUCUCUGCUCCAGUGAAAAAGUUGGUGGUGUAAUUGGAAGGGGAGGUGCCAUUAUCAAGUCUCUUCAGAGUGAGACAGGUGCUUCUAUAGCUAUUGGAGCUUUAAUAGCUGAUUGUGAUGAACGGUUAGUAACUGUUACUGCAUCAGAGAACCCUGAAUCACGGUAUUCUCCAGCACAAAAGGCUGUUGUCCUUGUUUUUGUAAAGGCGUUAGAGUCUGGCAUUGAAAAAGGGAUAGAUUCAGGUGCCAAGGGCUCAACUGUCACUGCACGGCUUGUAGUUCCCUCAAAUCAAGUUGGUUGUUUGUUGGGUAAAGGAGGAACAAUAAUCACAGAAAUGCGCAAGGUAACUGGAGCCAGCAUAAGGGUUCUUGGUGCUGACCAGGUCCCCAAGUGCAUUACAGAGAGCAAUCAAGUAGUACAGAUUUCGGGAGAGUAUAUGAAUGUCAAAGAUGCCAUAUAUCAUGUUACUGGUAGACUGCGAGACAACCUAUUCUCAAGCACCCUGAAAGGUGCUGGAGCAAGAAGCAAUUCUGCUGUAUUAACUGAGACCAGUCCAUAUGGAAGAAUGAUAGAUCCUGACCCUUAUGAUCUGCCCUCACCUGGUGUUGGUUCCCAUAAUCUUGGACAACAUACUUCUAUGACACAUGGUUUGGAACUAUCUCAUAGUUUAGAUCGCUCUCUAUCCCCUAAACCAUGGGCAUCUGAGACAAUUGCUUUUGUAAAUCCAAGGGCCAUCACAGAUGUUGGUAGAGGAUUGAGCUCUUUGAGAGGUGGAUUGGAACUUGGCAGUGGAAGCAAAUCUGCCAUUGUGACAAAUACAACUGUAGAGAUCAGAGUCCCUGAGGAUGUUAUUGGCUCUGUUUAUGGGGAGAAUGGAAGAAAUCUAACUCGCCUAAGAGAGAUUUCCGGUGCCAAGGUCAUUGUGCAUGAACCUCGCCUAGGAACAAGUGACAGGAUUAUAGUCAUAUCUGGAACACCUGAUGAAACCCAGGCGGCUCAGAGCCUCCUCCAAGCAUUCAUCCUCACUGGAUCAUCACGAUGAAACUCAUCUUGCAUUGAAACAUAAUUCUUUUAACAAAAGAAGAUAAACUUCAAGCUGUUACUUGUGUAGCUGUUUUUUUUUUUCUUUGGCUUUCCAUUGCAGUGUGCCCUAGUCCCAACUGGUUUUGUAUGUAAUCCUUGUCUUCUUGAAAACAAUUAGUUGACCAUUUUGUUCACUGUUUCAAUUUUUCUGUUUUUUAUUUUUUAUUUUUUAUUGCCUUUCUGCUUUUACCUGAGAAAGAAAAGAGGUCAGCUUAAAUUGGGAGAAGGAAGAGGAGGGGUGGGGGGGUGUUAGGUUGGGGGUUGGAGGGUAUUUUGCCAAAGGACAAUUUUAAAACCAAGUAGUCUGCAUGGCAAAUACAAUACAAUUGAACCUUCAUUCACAAUUUUACCUAAUUUGUGCGCACAAAAGAACUGAGUACUCACCAGCAUUGAAAAGCUGCCCCCAGUUGUAAAUUUUAGAAAUGUACUGGUAAUAAAAAGAUGUACUCUAAAUCCUAGAGAAGGAUGAACUCAAAGUAAACCCAAAAGAGAAACACAGGGGAACGACAUUUUUCAAAUUUGAUUCUUUGAACAAGUUGCUUGAAGACUGAAUCUUGCAGGAAUUUCCAGGUAAAUCCCAUCUUUUACCUUAUUACAGCAUUUUCCCGUCACCUGUACAUUCUUGGCAAAAAAAUAUAAUUCCAGGU